AUGGCUUGUUGGCAAUUUACUUCCGUAAGCAGAUUGAGUUCCACUAGCAGCAAUCUUUCCUCUUUGGUCUGAUAAAUAUCACCACUACAUGUGACCUUUAUACUUCACUCCGAACCUGAAGGAUCGUGUCGGUGUCUGAAAGUGUAUGAUGGCAGGUUUGCAGUGGGAGCUUCCUGCCGAGCUGUGCUGUCGGCCGAUGGCGUUUGUGGCUCUAACUGGUUUGGAUGUGGUGUACAAUGCUGUGCACCGUGCUAUUUGGGAUGUCUUUAGUACCAACAGACGGGCUGACCGAGUUCCAAUCUCUUUCAAAAUUCUCCCGGGAGACCAUGAGUAUCCCAAAUGUCGUACAAAGCGCACAUCCUAUGAGUGGUACAUUCCAAAAGGAAUCCUCAAGACAUUGUGGAUGAACAAGCACCUGAACCUGGUACCGGCGCUGGUUGUGGUCUUCUAUGAGUUGGACUGGGAUGACCCACAGUGGAAAGAGAAACAGUCUGAAUGCGCUACUAAAGUAGAGAUUGUCCGGUCCAGUCUUCAGAGCAGGAAUACCAAAGUGGCUGUCGUUUUAAUUCAAAAGAAAACUCCUCUGCCUCCAGGGGAAGACUUGGUGGCAUCGGAACGAGCUGCAGCUCUUUGUCAUGCCUGUGAUCUGUCAGGAAAGAGUCUGUUUGUUCUGCCACAUACUGACCACCUUGUUGGCUACAUGAUAAGGCUGGAGAAUGCUUUUUACGAGCACGCUCAGACCUACUAUUACAAUGAAAUCCGCAGAGUUAAAUCCCAUAAGGAGUUCCUCAACAAGACAACACAUCAGCUGCUGUUUGUUCGACACCAGUUCAAAAUUGCUUUCUUCAGUGAGCUGAAGCAAGACACCCAGAAUGCUUUAAAGCACUACAGGACUGCAUAUGGUCUCGUCCAAGAGCUCAGAGCCUACGAGUCAAAUAUGCUGGAGAUCAAAACUUUGGCAGGCUUCAUUAACUACAAGGUUUGCCGUCUCUGUUUCCAGCACAAUACGCCUCUUGAUGCUAUUUCUCAGUUCAGGAAGCACAUUGACCUUUUUAAGAAGAAGAUUGGUUGUGCCGAACUCGCCUUUGAGCAUGCCGCAUGGAUGUCAAAACAGUUCCAGUCUUUUGGUGAGCUGUUUGAUGAAGCUAUAAAGUUGGGCUUGGCGGCAAUCCAGACGCAGAAUCCUGGUUUCUACUACCAGCAGGCUGCCUGCUACAGCCAGGACAGGAAACGACUCGCAUUGCAGCCUAGUCAGGCUGGAGCAGUUUAUCCUUCUCCCGACCCUCUGGACAUACAGAGUGGAGGACUGGACUACUAUGGACAGAGACCAUGGAGACAAGGACAUCAGAGUAUUGAUCCUCCUGACCAAGACAAAGAAAAGAGAGGAAUUCUGGCGUUACAGAUGAAAGAAAGAGAUGUACCACAUUCAGAGGUGAUCAUCACUCUUCUCAGCAACGCAGUGGCCCAGUUUAAGAAAUACAAGUGCCCACGAAUGAAAAGUCAUCUCAUGGUGCAGAUGGGAGAGGAAUACUAUCAUGCUCAAGAUUAUGCCAAAGCCCUCAAGCUGUUGGACUAUGUGAUGUGUGACUAUCGUACAGAACAUUGGUGUGGAAUCCAGUCAGCCAUAUUAACCACAGCUCUGCAUUGUGCCUAUCUGAUGGCCAGCGUCAAGGACUACAUCAUAUAUUGUAUGGAACUUCUGGGCAGAGCUUCAACGCUGACCAAGGAGCAAAAGUCGAGGAUCGAGCAGAACCUCAUAAAAGUUCUCAAGAACAAGAUGCCUGAUGCGGAGCCUCAGUGUGAUCAGUCUUCUGCUGCUGCGGCACGGUCACUAUGGAAUGACAGCAUGGCUUUAGGUGGCGCCAAUGAAUUCAUUAUUGAUAUGCAGGACUACAUACCCUUCAUUCAAUGUAAAGCCAAGUUCCAGUCUCCCAGUUUCCAUGUGGACGAAGCCAUCCGACUGCAGGUAUUCCUGAAAGCUGACUGUCCGCAUCCUGUGUCCUUCACCAAACUGUCCGUCAGCCUCAGCAAUCAGGAGUACAAUCAAUGGUGUGUUGUGGAGACAUCAAGUCAGGAAUGCAAAGCCCUUUUGCCCGGUAAAACCAGAUGCUACAAUUUCAGCUUUGUGGCAAAAACCAAAGAUAUCGGCAAAAAAAUUGAGGUGGCAGGUAUUGAGGUCAUGCUUGGCAGUGGUCGCUGCGUCUUUUUGAGAUGGAGGGGGGGAGGCGGAGAUGCGGCUGUAACCCACGAGGUCCUGCAGACGAGCAGGACAUCAAGGAGGUGUGAUGCGGACGACGACAUCGAUUGGGACUGCUUGAACGUCCUGCAAAGUACCAUGAUCAUCUCAAGAGUCCCAAAGAUCUCUGUGGAGCUUGGUCAUCAGCCUCCUGCUCUCAGCAAUGAAAUGUACUGCAUUCACUUCACCGUCCAAUCACUGGAGGAGGCUGUAGCCAAGGAUGUGAACCUGACUGCAGGACUCAAACCCGGCCAAGAUGCUAAUUUAAGCCAGACUACACGCGUGACACUCGAUAACUCCAAGCUUUGUGAUGACACGGCGCUUCCUCUGAUCCCUGACAUACUUCUGGGGAAUCUGAAACCAGGUGAAAAGCUGGAGAGGUGUGUCUACGUGACGUGUUCAACAACUGGACCAAGGCUGUUCCUGUUCCACGUAGCUUACAACGUCGAUGUGACUGUGGAUGGGCGACAGAUUGUCUGCAAGUGUCAGAAGGAUGAAACUGUUACCAUCGAGACCGUUGUCCCAUUUGAGGUUUCUGCCAACUUCAUGUCCACCAAGUUUGAGCCCCUGGAGCAGGUAGCAGUGGAUGUCCCCUUCCUGAUGUUAACAGAGAUCCAGUCAUUGUCCCCCUGGCCACUCCUGCUGGCUUCUUCAUCACUGCAGAACUUCACCAUGACUACCAACACACCCCACCAACUACAGGAAGUCAUUUUGCAGAAAGAUGAGUGUGCGAGUGAAUGCUUCAGUCUUCGCUGUCCACCACUGACCGAUGGCAACAACACUGUGCCAACUGGACAGUACUUAGUAUUAUGGAGGAGACAGUCCGCCAGUCCAGACAGUCCUCUCAUAGAAACAACAGUCUCUCUGCCGCAUGUGCUUCUGGAGUCUGUCCCACUUCACAUCCACGCUGAUAUCCCCUCAUUUGGAAGAGUACGAGAGUCCCUUCCAGUUUGCUUCCACAUUGAGAACAGAACAGCUCUGGUACAGGAAGUGCAGAUAGCUGUGGAGCCAUCCGAUUCCUUCAUGUUCUCUGGACUAAAACAGGUGCACCUUCGCAUCCUUCCUGGUUCGGAGCAGCAAAUGCUGUACAAUUAUUAUCCACUGAUUGCGGGCUACCAGACGCUACCACAACUCAGCAUCAGCGUCUCCCGCUGGACGAACAGCGCGUACAACCUCAGACGCUUCUUGCCCCAUCGUGUCUUUGUCAAGCCGCAGGGUAAAGAGUUGGACAAUGACUCUAUAGCUGCAGCUUGACGCCAACACUUGGAGGUGUAACAAAGAAUACUGCAAUAUUGUGUAGGUUGGACUUUGUGUGAUUCCUCCCAGCGACAGCAUAUACUCAUAUUUCAUUGUUCGCUUCCUGGCAUGAGAGAAUUAGACCUGAUGAGGAAUGGAACUGUAUUGCUACUAAAUAAUUCAUCAUUUUGAUGGUUCAAUUGUCUCUUCUUUUACAUGACAUACUGUAUUUUCCCCACCUUUUUAAAAGGUUUUUACACACAAUUAGCUACAUUUUGCCCACCAAUGGGCCAACAGGUUCUAACAUUACAUUAUUUAUAUUUUCAUUUUCCAUUGUUUUUACAAAACCAAACAUUAAGAUUGGUUUGUAUUAUGAAUUGAAGUUAGAACAGUAAAGAAUCAUAUGGCAUCGUGCUGAAUAAAUGUUGUAAUAUUGGAGCUGUCAUUGGCCACAAUGUAGCUAAGUGUGCAUAAAAGCUUCACUCUUGAAUGUAUGGAAAGGGGGAGGCAUAGUAGUUUCAAACUGAUUUGAAAGUGUAAAUGUGUUGAAAGUAUGACAAACGAAUAGAAUUCACGAGGACACAUUGAAGUGGUAAAUGCUUAAGUGUACUUAAACACGAGUAGAAGCUAAUACAAGGAGAAAUUGUUGAAUUAAAGUGAUGUAAACGUGUUGCUUUGGUGUCAUUCUACUUAAGUGUACUCGGGUGCAUUGUUGGCACUCUUUUCCCAUCAUCCUCCACUACACAAUCUUCUUCUGCAGGAAAUUGUCUUUGGACUGCUAGCAUUGGAGUUUACAAGAACCCCCUGUAAUGUAAUGCUAUUCAUUUAUUGUGUGUUGUGUAUAAAACAAAGAUAAGCACGAUGUAACUGGGUGUCUUAUGAAGAUGGCCACUGGUGCUGUGAGGGUUCUACAAGGAGGAACCCGGGACGGGAGACACCCUCGUCUUCCCAUCACAAGUUACAGCCGUCAAGAGCGCGACGACCAAUAACAUACUUCCAGCCUUCACAAUAAAAGUGCUGCACGUUUCAUUCUGUCUGACUGCACUGACCACAAUAAGUAACCUCCAAAAUCAUAUUAAAAGCACAAAAUGAAUACAGACUCACCACUGGUACGAGC